GAAAAAAAUAAAAAAUAAUAAAAAGGAGAAAUGAUUUUGUUACCAUGACCUAGCUGUUGUUGUGUCCUCCUUCCCUUCCCCAUGACUCUCAAACCCAAACUGAAACUCAAGCGUCUCCCCACGUCUUCUCUGAAUCUCUUCAAUCAUUAACUUAAUUCAUUUCCUUCAUCCAGCAAAGGCGUACGCACACUUUAAUCCAAAAAGAAAGCUAAAAAGAAGAGCGAGGUCAGAGAGAGAGAUGGGCCAGGAUCCCUUGACGGCCCUGAAACGAGGUUCAGCUACUGGCCUCCCUACUAGUACUACUACAACAACUGCCAGAGGCCGUGCGGCGGCGGUCCCACGCGGCCGGCAGAUCAAGAAGACCUUCAACAACCUGAAGCUGACCCUCCUCUGCGGCUUCGUGACCAUACUCGUCCUUCGCGGCACCAUUGGCAUCGGCAACCUCACCGGCUCCUCAGACUCCGAUCUCGACGCCCAGAAGAUUGCUGAGGAGACCAAACGAAUCCUCGACGAGAUCCGAUCCGACGACGAACCCUCCGACCCCAACGAACCACCCGAGCCCGAGAUCAACCCCAACAUCACCUACUCUCUCGGACCCAAGAUCUCGAACUGGGACGAGGAGAGAAGGAAUUGGCUCGCCAAAAACCCGGAGUUUCCCAGCUAUGUGAAGGGGAAAGCUCGGGUUUUGCUUGUCACUGGGUCGCCUCCGAAGCCUUGUGAUAACCCAAUUGGGGAUCACUACCUUUUGAAGUCCAUUAAGAAUAAGAUUGACUAUUGUAGGAUUCAUGGGAUUGAGAUCGUGUACAAUUUGGCUCAUUUGGACAAGGAGCUCGCUGGGUACUGGGCGAAAUUGCCGUUGAUUCGGAGGUUAAUGUUGUCGCACCCGGAGGUCGAGUGGAUAUGGUGGAUGGACAGCGAUGCUUUGUUUACGGACAUGGUGUUUGAGCUUCCUCUGAGGAAGUAUAUCAAUCAUAAUUUGGUUAUCCAUGGUUACCCAGAUUUGUUAUUCGAUCAGAAGUCGUGGAUUGCGUUGAACACUGGUAGUUUUUUGUUCAGGAACUGCCAGUGGUCCUUGGAUUUGCUUGAUGUUUGGGCUCCAAUGGGCCCCAAGGGGCCUAUUCGGGACGAGGCCGGGAAGAUUUUGACGGCAAAUUUGAAGGGCCGGCCGGCUUUCGAGGCUGAUGAUCAGUCUGCAUUGAUAUACUUGUUGAUUUCGAAGAAGGAUGAGUGGAUGGAUAAGGUGUUCGUGGAGAAUUCUUACUAUUUGCAUGGUUAUUGGGCCGGGUUGGUGGAUAGGUACGAGGAAAUGAUGGAGAAGUAUCAUCCGGGAUUAGGGGACGAGAGGUGGCCGUUUGUGACACAUUUCGUGGGUUGCAAGCCUUGUGGGAGCUACGGCGAUUAUGCUGUUGAGAGGUGCUUGAAAAGCAUGGAGAGAGCAUUCAAUUUUGCGGAUAAUCAGGUGCUGAAGCUGUAUGGGUUUAGGCAUAGAGGGUUGUUGAGUCCUAAGAUCAAGAGGAUUAGGAAUGAGACUACCACUCCUUUGGAGUCUGUAGACCAGUUUGAUAUUCGGCAUUCAACGCGCGGUGCACAAAGUGGGCAAGAAUUGUGAGUAACCCAUUUUGCUAGUGAUUGUUACCUUCAUGGUCUUCCAAUGUACUUUUGUCAGAUUACUGCUGAUUUCAACGCCAUCUGAUAUCUGAGUUAGUGGCUUUCUCCUUUUGUAUUAUUGGCUUGUAACAUUAUGUAUUGAAAAUGGAAUCCACAACGAAUUUAGGAUUCUUUGCU